CGCUCUGUUGAAAACCAAGUCGUCGCUUGAAAAACUCUCGAUCCGACACCGGUCGUUUAGCAACAACAGCAGCAACAGCAACAAUCUCAACAGCCCUCUGCACCCUUCGUCGUCGCCUACCUCGGUGGGCUCUGGCAGUAGCUCGUCGUCGCACCAUCUGUCGACCGGGAAAGUUCUGAGUAACAUAUUCAAGCGGAAAUCCGGAAGCAGAAGCAGCUUUAUCGGAACCAGCUCGUCCUCUUCAGACAGCUCUGCUACCGCCGCCGCUGUCUCUGCCUCUGUUGUUUCUGCUACCACUGAUGCCGCGCCAUCUGUCGCUAGCAGCCAGAGCGGCUUCUCUUCAUACGAGGACGUGUCGCCGGUGACCGACGCGCCGCCAGCGACAUCGACGCCUCCCCUUCCCGCCGACACCAAACUGAUGCCACCCCCGUCAGUGACGGUGAUCAAGCCCGGGAAAUCGAGCAGUCUGCGCGUGGUGACCUCACACCCGAUGGGCCAGUCAGCCAGCGAAGGCGCGGCGGUCGCGUCGUCGCCGUUCGAGUCGAUGUUUACGCGCCGCUCGCGGACGACGACGCAUGACUCGAUGUGCAGCGAUACCUCGACGACGAUCAUGCAGCCGUUUGGCGAGUACGAGAUGGUGCAUGACGAUCGGGAGUCGAUUGUCAGCAGCGGCUUUGGCGGGGCGCAGGAGCCUAGUGUUGCGACGACUGUGUAUCGGCAGGUUGGCGAGAGCGACGCGUCCUCGUUUGACGAUUUUGGCGGGCAUGGACUUGGCGCUACGGCUACGAUCGACGAGGUCGAGAACGAGGAUAUGACGACCCCGCGCGUCAAACAGACCGAGCAGUAUCAUCCCCAGCAGCAGCAGCCGAGAUCCUCCCCGCCUGCGUCGCCAUCGCUGCGAAAGAUCGCGAGCGAUCUGACAGACGCGACGACGACCACCACCACCACGCAGGACGACACGUACUACUCUGCGACAAACUUGCUGGCGGGAUACGAGGACUCGCGGUCAAACUCGUCCGUGACUGUCGCGACUGCGGAUCUGGCUUCGAGCGGCGGGUUGCCGCGGUCGUCGGCGCGGUCGUCGGUGGGGAUGGGUGGUAACGCGAGAAGUAGCGUCGCGAGUGACUUCGACGAGGCACAUACCGGACGAGGUCUUUUGCUGCUGCAGACGUACGCUGCUCGGCAGCAAAACGAACAGCAGCAGCAGGAAUCUCUGCAACGCGAGCCAGCGGCUCUUGAGAAGCUGCGCAGUUUACCGGAAGAUCAAUCAGCGUCCGUCAUCGGUCUCGGCUUCGUCCCAGUCGAUCAACCGCAGUCUUCUUCCUCUUCAUCAUCUGCUGCGGUGUCGCCUUCGAAACCCCAAGUACCUGCCUCGCGCCCGAUUCCCAAAUCCCGCUCCGGCUCCGCCUCGUCCUCCUCCGACCGCAAACGCCUCUCCACUCUCGACAACAACCCCACCACCAGCGCGAUGCCACCCCCGCAAUACAUCCCCACCCGCCGCUUCAUCCACCACUCGCUCCUCCCAUCCUACCAGCGCUCGAUGCAGGACCUCGAUCUCGCGAGCGGCAAGCUCGACGAUCUGCUCGCGCAGUGGUGGGAGCGCAAUUCUUCGCCCGUGGCGAGUCCGGCGAUGCAGAUGCAGCCUGGUACGCCUACGCCUAAUAUGGUCUGAUCUAUCUUCUUCUUAAUCUUGAACUUUUUUGUGUGUUGGAAUUUGUUUUUUUAGUUUUGGUUUAUUUUUUUGGUUCUUGAGUUAGCGAUGUUUCCUUUUUCUUUCGAUUGUUCUAUUUUCCUUGGUUUAAUUCCUUGACGAGACGUGACGAACUAUUUCCCUUCCUUUCCUUUCAUUUUAGUAUAUCCUUCCAUGUUAUUGCGUCCCAUGUGCUUUCCAUUAUCUGUUUCUUAUUUCCAGUGCUUUCCAUUUAUCUUUUCUUAUUCAUAAACGAACAAGCUCGAAGUACCAGAGCUACGACGAGAAAAGAAAGAAAUAAAACCUCGUUCGAGGGGUCGGUGAUUAUUUUAUAAAGUGUGUGUGGGUGUGUAAGGGGGAUUUCUUGUUUUGUAUUAUUAGUUUUGGUUUAUUUGUUUUGAAGAUUUUGUUUAUUGAGAUAAUUUACUGCAUUGGCAUUUACAUA